AUGAUCUCUACUCUUGCUACUCUCGCAGCGAUCGCUGUGACCCAGGUUGCCGCACACGGUGGUGUACUUGAGUACAGCUGGGACGGACAGUGGUACUUUGGAUGGCAGCCAUACAACAGUCCUACUGGCCAGACGACCAUUCAACGCCCCUGGUCCACAUACAACCCAAUUACUGAUGCAACGGAUCCGACCAUUGCUUGCAAUGAUGAUGGCAGCUCGGGUGCUCUGCAGCUGACUGCGAGCGUCGCGGCUGGUACACCCAUCACCGCAUACUGGAACCAAGUGUGGCCCCACAAUAUCGGACCAAUGCUCACGUACCUUGCGCAAUGUCCUGGAUCGACUUGCACUGGAGUAAACGCAGGAUCUCUUGAAUGGUUCAAAAUUGACGAAGCCGGCCUUCUUUCCGGAACUGUUUAUGACGGUCAAUGGGGCUCAGGACAGAUGAUUGCCCAGAACAGCUCGUGGACGACGACAGUCCCCGCCUCUGUUCCGUCCGGAAACUAUCUUAUCCGUUUUGAGACUAUUGCUCUGCACUCGAUGCCGGCUCAAUUCUACCCUGAAUGUGCGCAGAUUGAAAUCACGGGCGGUGGAAACCUUCAACCGACCUCCGCUGAGCUUGUCAAGUUCCCUGGUGCAUACAGCAACAACGACCCGGGUGUGAACAUCGACGUUUACACUAACGCGGCACAGACACAGACGACAUAUGUUAUCCCUGGACCGCCCCUGUACGGAAGUGCGAGCAGUGGAUCGGCACCUGCACCAGCUCCAUCGUCUUCCGCACCAGCUCCCACAACCUCUACGCCAGCCGCCCCAACUCAAACGGCUGGAUCUAGUGCGGGUGCUGCUCAGUAUGCUCAGUGUGGUGGUACUGGAUUCACUGGCCCCACGACCUGCGCCUCUCCAUUCGUUUGCACAGUCAUCAACCCCUACUACUCACAAUGCCUU